AUGGAAAAGUUAAUGUGGUUAGUGGCACUUGUGAAUUCCUUCAUCUUCUGCAAUGCCAUCCUGGAACUGACUGGCACCCACGACAUUGAAGGGACAUGGAAGAGUUCCAUCACCUUGCCAUGUGUCUAUGUGCCUUCCCAGGACUUUGUGCAGCAAACAGUCAUUUGGACCCUGGACCGAGAUCAAAACCUUGCUACCGUCUUUCGAAGGGAUAGCUCUGGUGAUCACAUCAUGUUGUCACUGUACAGAGAUAGGGUCAGCGUCCCAAAAUACAGGCCAGGGGAUGUCUCUCUUGAAAUUGAGAAGCUUGAAAUAACAGACCGUGGACACUACACUUGCAAAGUCACCUGGAGAGCCCAGAACAACAGCCUGCUGACAAAGGAGAGAACCACUACAGUUAAGGUUAUUAAAGUUGCAGUGACUAAACCCAUCAUCAGACCAGGCAAUCUGGGAUUCACUGUACCAAAAGGGGCUAGGACAAGCCUGACCUGCUCUGCCAAUGGGUCCCCACCCAUCAUCUACCGCUGGUUCAAAGGAGAGCCAGGAGGAAACGCAGUGCAUGUGAGCAAUCACGCCGUACUCAUGUUUGAUUCUCUGCGAACGUCUGACACGGGGAAAUAUUACUGCGAAGCAGAAAACAAAGCAAGUUCACAAGUUAUACAGCAGAGUGAUGCAGUGCAGCUGACUGUGAGGGACCUCACAAAACCAGCAACCACAGUACCCAGCUCUGAGAACAAGGCGAACACCACGGCCAAGCCUGUCUCAGAAAGAGAUCUGAUCACGACAACAUUGGCAACUGGGAGUGACGUGCGAGUUCCAGAAACGCAUGAAGUGACAACGGCCCCGCGGAGGACCAGCCUGCCCCUCUAUCUCCUCAUCCUGAUCGUUGUGCUCUGUGUGGCUGUGGUUUUUGUUGUCGUCGCUGUCGUCUUGUGCAGGAGAAAGACCAAGGAGGAUAAUCCGUAUGAAGUAACAUAUCAAAACACGAGGAAUGACGCGAGAAGACAGACUUGUUCAGGAGUCAAUGGCAAGUGCAUGUAUGAGGAGGGAAAACCCACAGUCAAAAACAACUACACAACACAGCCUGUGAAAGAGAAUGAAUAUGAGACAAUAAGCAUAAAGGAAAACAUUGAAUACAAGAUCCUUGUGAACGCAAUGGAAUCGGAAUAUGAAGUGGGGAAUGUUCAGUAG